AUGGAGUCCGUAGGGCCUGUUGUCGGCAUUGCAAAUUGUCUCGGAACUCCUGUUUGUAAAUAUUUGCAAUAUCACAGAAAGCUGAACGAUUAUGUGAGAAACUUCAAGAGGAUCGGAGAUGAAUUGAAUUGCAAAAUGGAAGAUAUAGAGCUGCAAUUGAAAGCAGAGCUUCUUCGGCCUCUGGGGAAGAUACCGAAGAAGGGAGUUGAAAAUUGGUUGAAAGCUGUGAAAGAGAUGAUUAGGGAAGCACAAGUUGUUGAAAACAAAGUCAGUAACGGAGAUAUCUCUGUCGUGCUUGCAACGGGAAGCUGGUUGAUGAAAAGACUAGAAAUGAAGAAAUUUCUUGAUAACGCUCCUAAUGCCUCUGAAGGUCUUGCCAUGGAUGGUCCAAGUGCUGGGUUGCCACUGCCAACAUCAGAACUAGUUGGAGAAGAAGCUGUCAGAAAUGAGAUUUGGGCAUGUUUGAUGCUGGAGGAGGUGAGCAAGAUUGGGGUUUGGGGGAUGGGCGGUGUGGGUAAAACCACUAUCAUGAAGCACAUCCACAAUGAUCUUUUGAAAGAACAAAGAUUCGAAAGGGUAAUCUGGGUUACCAUAUCAAAGGAGUUCAAUGUAAUGAAGGUACAAGAUAACAUUGCAAGUGCGUUGGAGGCGAAGGAAUAUUUAGACAAAGAAGAGGACAAGCUCAGACGAGCAGCAAUCUUGUCAGAAAUGCUGAAGAACGCAGGAAAGAAUGUUCUAAUCCUAGAUGAUGUGUGGGAUAAAGUCUCCCUAGAGGAAGUUGGGAUCCCUGAGCCGAGUGGUGGCAAUGGCUGCAAGUUGGUAUUGACAACCCGUUCGGAGCAUGUCUGUAAGUAUAUGGGUUGUAAGGUGAUAAAAGUGAGGCCCCUUUCAGAAGAAGAGACAUUGAUACUAUUCUUGAAUAAAGUUGGACCUAACAUAGUUCAAAGUCCAACUAUAAUGCCAACUCUGAAGCUUGUUGUCAAGGAAUGUGCGGGUCUACCUCUUACAAUUAUCGUGGUAGCUGGUACCAUGAAAGGAGAAUAUAACCCUCGUAUUUGGAAAAAUGCACUCAAAGAUUUGAAAGAGAGAAUAGGAAAGUGGAAGGAGUGGAAGCUGAGGUAAUCGAGCGCUUGAAAUUUAGUUUCGAUCACUUGAAAGAUGAGAAAGUAAAAGAUUGUUUCUUGUAUUGUGCACUAUAUCCUGAAGAUUAUGAAAUUCAUAAGGUUGAACUAAUCGAGUGUUGGAUUGUUGAGAUAUUCAUAGACGAGAUGGACACAAGACAAGAAAUGGAAGAUAAAGGCCUUACUAUUUUGAAAAGGUUGGAAGAUAACUGCUUGUUGGAAAAUAUUACCACUCAAUUUGGUUUACAUGGUAUAAAGAUGCAUGAUGCAGUGAGAGAGAUGGCAUUGUCGAUCACAAGAAUGAAUCCUCGAUAUAUGAUACAAGCAGGUUUGCAAUUAGAAGAGUUACCAGAAAAGGAGCAAUGGAGUCCGGAUAUUGAGAAAGUGUCACUUAUGUAUAACUCCAUAUCAGAAAUUUCCAUAGAUGUGCUACCCACAAAAUGCCAACUGCUCACAACCUUGUUAUUGCAGAACAACCCUAUAAAGAAGAUCCCAUAUUCUUUCUUCACAAACAUGCCUUGUCUUAGUGUUCUCAAUUUGUCCUUCACAAAGAUCGAGAGUUUACCAAAUUCCAUCUCUGAACUAAAGAACCUCACAACAUUGUUACUUCAUAGCUGUCGAGAAUUAAGAGAUCUGCCUUGUCUUUCGAGGCUUCAAGAAUUGAAGGAGUUGGAUCUUCGUUGGACUGAAAUUGAGGAAGUCCCUGAAGGCAUAGAUAUGCUGAUAAAGCUAAGAUAUCUUGAUCUUGAAGUGUUCACUCUGAAAGAGAUACCCGCUGGACUUUUACCAAAACUCGUUCACCUUCAGCACUUGAGUUUUGCUGGGAACAAUGAAAAAAUAAGUCUAAAAGCAGAGGAGUUGGAACCAUUGAAGAAGUUGGAGCUCUUUACUGGGUGUUUCGAAGACAUCAGUGAAUUUACUAAGUUCAUCUCCUCAAUGCAACAAAGUAAGAAAAGUCUCAUCAAGUACCAUUUACGGGUGGGCUCAUAUUUAAUUCCUGCGUGGAGGACUCCUGAAAUAGAUAAAAAAGUGGCAAUUGGAGGAAUCGACAAUUGGGAAGGUGAGUUAAUUAUGCACCCAAUUGAAAUUCAAGAGUUGCAUAUUACUGAGUGCGACUAUUUGAGAAGCUUAGUUGAUGACAAUUCUUCCUUCAAAAAUGCGAUUGACUUGAGGGUUUGUAGGA